AUGGCUGUUACUAAUUUCCACUACAUUACAAGAAUGAACAGUGGUUUCAAAGUCUACAUCCUUGAGGGUCAGCCCAACCUGAGGGGAGAGGACAGGUUCCGUCACAUGACCAGCGAGAGAGUCCGAGUUCUCCCAGCUCACCCAGUUAAACGCAAGCACAGCGCAGAGUAUGGGAGAACACUGGAGGAGAGAAGAGAGAGGGCAUUGAGUAAGAGUCUGGUCCUGAGUGGUGGCAGGAGGGCCUCGGUUUUCAGUCUUCCAGAGAGUCCCACAUCCACAUGGAGCCCCACCAGCAGUCCAACACACCCCAUCCCAAGCCCUGUCUGCUCCACCCCAACCAUGGACGAACCACUGGCCCUGAUCAAAAAACCACGCCAGGACCAAGAGAAAACAGAGGACAGGAUCAAAACUCCUGCCAGCAGCCACAUUCAGAUUCGUCCUUCGGUCAUCACCUGCGUCUCUUCCACGGUAAAGUCGACACGGAGGGUCGACGAUUGCCGCGGCCAUUCUACUGUAACAACCAAGCGGAGUUACGACCGUGUGGUGGAGGAGCAUUUCCAGAGAAGCCUGGGGGCGAAUUACAGCAAGACGAGUUCGGAGCUGUACUUCAGCAGCGUGUCGGUGGACGACCACUUCGCGAAGGCUCUCGGCGACAAAUGGCUCCAACUCAAAGCGUCGUCUUCGUCCCGCGCUUCCUCCACGUCGUCCUCCUCCUCGUCUCCGCCCAGCAGCCCCAGUUACAUCCAUUCGCCCGGUUACGGCCAGAGCCCGAAACGAGCCCGAAAAGAUUCGUCCAGCCCAAGCGCAGCCUCUGCAACCCUCUGGUCUGUCAAAUAA